AACAGAACUGGCUCUGCAAACGUUACUCUAAGCCUACAUGCUUCAGUUAAUUCAGGUCAAAAUAUUAAAACAGCAACAAAAAAAAAUGCCUUGGUGGCGCGUGGAACGAAACCUCCCUGUUUUCAAUUUCCAGCUCUGAUGAUUUGCUGUGUUACAGCUUGCAGCUCAGUAUUUCCACCGCCCUUUCAGGCAAAGCAUUGCACCGCCAUUUGUGACCAUGGCAGAACGAGUACUUAUCAUUGGCAGCGGAGGACGCGAGCAUGCUCUGGCAUGGAAGCUGGCCCAGUCUCCUCUUGUACUGCAGGUUUUGGUUGCCCCUGGGAAUGCCGGAACAGCUGAGAGUGGAAAAAUCUCCAAUUCAGCUGUCUCUGUCAGCAAUCAUGCUAUUCUUGCCCAAUACUGCAAAGAUCACAACAUUGGCCUGGUGGUGGUUGGGCCAGAGGCUCCACUCGCUGCAGGAAUUGUCGAUGAUCUGACAGCUGCUGGAGUGAGAUGUUUUGGCCCAUCAGCAAAUGCAAUGCAAUUGGAAGCUAGCAAGCAUUUUGCAAAAGACUUCUUGGAUCGACAUGGUAUCCCCACUGCUCGAUGGAAAGCUUUUACAGACCCUGAGGAAGCAUGUAGCUACAUUCAGCACGCUGAUUUCCCCGCACUGGUAGUAAAAGCAAGUGGCUUGGCAGCUGGGAAAGGUGUUAUUGUAGCAGCUGACAUAGGAGAGGCUUGCAAAGCAGUCCGAGAUAUAAUGCAGGAAAAGACCUUUGGUUCUGCUGGUGAAACUGUAAUUGUGGAGGAGCUGCUUGAAGGAGAGGAAGUUUCUUGCCUUUGUUUCAGUGAUGGCGUUACUGUUGCCUGUAUGCCACCAGCUCAAGAUCACAAACGCUUACUGGAUGGGGACCAGGGACCAAAUACAGGUGGAAUGGGAGCUUAUUGCCCUGCUCCUCAGGUUUCUAAAAAUCUUCUUCAAAGGAUCAAGGAAAACGUUCUUCAGAAAACAAUUGAUGGCAUGAGACAAGAAGGAACCCCUUAUGUUGGGAUACUAUAUGCUGGGCUGAUGCUAACCCAAGAUGGACCUAAAGUGUUGGAGUUUAAUUGUCGCUUUGGGGAUCCAGAAUGUCAGGUCAUUCUUCCCUUAUUAAACAGUGAUUUAUAUGAAGUUGUACAAGCAACUGUGGAUGGCAAACUUUCUAGAGCCAUGCCAUCUUGGCUGGAAAGCAGUGCAGCUAUGACAGUGGUUAUGGCCAGUGGUGGAUACCCAGGCAACUACCCAAAAGGCCACGUGAUCACAGGUUUGUCACUUGCGAAGGACAUGGGCCUACAAGUGUUCCAUGCAGGAACUGCACUGAAGGAUGGGAAGGUUGUGACGAAUGGUGGUCGAGUACUUACAGUAACUGCUGUCAGUAAAGACCUGAUCAGGGCAGUGAAAGAAGCCAAUAAAGGGGUAGAAACUGUUCAGUUCCAAGAUGCUGUUUACAGAAAGGACAUUGCACAUCGAGCCAUUACAUUCAUAAAACAGUCCAGAGGACUGACUUACAAAGACAGUGGAGUUGAUAUUGCAGCUGGGAAUGCUUUGGUCCAUUCAAUCAAACCACUGGCAGCAGCUACCUCCAGACCAGGCUGUAAUGCUGAACUUGGAGGAUUUGCAGGUACCUUUGACCUAAAGUUAGCUGGAUACACUGAUCCAAUCCUAGUCUCUGGAACUGAUGGAGUUGGAACCAAACUUAAGAUUGCCCAGAUGUGCAAUAAACAUGACACGCUGGGUCAAGACCUGGUAGCAAUGUGCGUAAACGAUAUUCUGGCACAAGGGGCAGAGCCACUUUUCUUUCUCGACUACUUUUCCUGUGGUAAACUGGAUGUGGUUGUGGCACAGACUGUGAUUGCUGGUAUUGCAGAGGCUUGCAAAAUGGCUGGAUGUGCGCUGUUAGGAGGAGAGACUGCUGAAAUGCCAGGCAUGUAUUCCCCGGGACAGUACGAUCUGGCUGGUUUUGCAGUGGGGGCAGUGGAACGUGAACAGAUGCUCCCACAGCUGGAGCACAUCUCUGCAGGUGACACCGUCAUUGGCGUUGCAUCGUCUGGUCUCCAUAGUAAUGGCUUUAGCCUUGUUCGAACAAUUUUGGAGAAGUCCUCUUUACAGUGUUCCUUACCAGCACCGUCCAGCUAUGGUUCACAAACACUCGGAGAGGUGCUGCUCGCACCCACCAGAAUUUAUGCUAAGGCCUUGUUGCCAAUUCUGCAUCUGGGCCAUGUGAAGGCUUUUGCUCACAUCACUGGAGGUGGACUGCUAGAAAAUAUUCCCAGAGUUCUUCCUGAAACGUUCAGUGUUACAUUAGAUGCAUCAUGUUGGAAGAUUCCUGAAAUCUUUUCGUGGUUACAAACACAUGGUGCCCUUUCUGAAGAGGAGAUGGCUCGCACCUUUAACUGUGGACUUGGAGCUGUGCUCGUGGUGGAUAAAGAGGAAGCUGAAAACGUGCUGCAAAGUGUAAAGAGGCAUUAUGAAGCAUGGACCAUUGGAGAAGUUGUGCCGCAUCAAGCAGGCAUUGAAAAGGUAGCAAUUAAAAAUCUCAUGAAGACACUACACUUAAACCAGCAGUCAGAUCAAUGUGCUGCUGUUGGUGGUUUAUCACAGGAUUGUGGGCAGACUCGGAAAGUGAGAGUGGGCGUUCUCAUCUCCGGAACAGGAACAAACCUUCAGGCCAUAAUAGAACACACAAAGGAUCCUGCCAGUUGUGUAGAAAUAGCAAUUGUCAUCUCCAACAAAACUGGCGUGGAGGGGCUGAAGAAAGCAACUCGAGCUGGAAUCCCGACAAGGGUAAUUGACCAUAAGCUAUAUGGAAGCCGCUCUGAGUUUGACAGCACUGUUGAUCAGCUACUUCAGGAAUUCUCUGUUGAGCUGGUCUGCCUAGCGGGAUUCAUGAGAAUCCUCUCUGGUCCCUUCGUCAAGAAAUGGAAUGGUAAACUAUUGAAUAUUCAUCCAUCGCUGCUGCCUUCUUUCAAAGGAGUUAAUGCCCACAAACAGGUGCUGCAGGCUGGAGUACGAGUCACUGGCUGCUCUGUGCAUUUCGUAGCUGAAGAAAUUGAUGCUGGAGCAAUUAUCGUACAGAAGGUUGUUCCAGUACUAGUGGGGGAUUCUGAAGAGACCCUCUCGGAGAGAGUGAAAGAAGCUGAGCAUAUGGCUUAUCCUGCUGCUCUCCAUCUGGUGGCUAGUGGAGCAGUACAUUUAGGAGAAGAUGGCAAAAUUUGCUGGAAAGAGCUGAAUUGUAACUGAAGUCAUGCAACAUGGGCUCUUCGUGACUACUUACAAAAACGGUUUAGAGGGUGAUGAGUGUUAGAAACCGUCCCAAAUUGAAAUCCCUUUUUGAUCUGCUUGUUGUCUCUCCCGUGGUCUAUUCCACAGUCUUGUCCACAUCUCGUUAACUGGAGAAGCGAAACGUGGCAACUCUCCCGUGCUAAAGUGUGCUCAUUUCAAUUUCGUGUUACUUGAAAUAGAAUAUCAUUAACUUUUUUUUAAACAAAAAGAUCUUUUCACAGAAAAUACCAGGAAAUUGCAGAAAAGAAAAAUAAAACACAAUUUGUAUACUCGUUUUCACUUUUUGUGGUAAUAAAACUGUUAUACAGCCGA